CUUUGAUUGUGCUACUGCGCUGCACUUUGUGCAGAUACAGUGAUGAUAAAUACAUUCAUUGCGUGCAGUUUUAGUUGGCAGACGAAAUGUGCAUUUUCUCGAAAUUCUUAGCUAUUACGGAAGUGGUAGAGUUUUAUUUUUAGGACAAUUAAACAUGAAUCCUGUGCAGUGAGUAAAGCUACAAAACUAGAAAUGGAUGCCAAAGUGGCAAAUCGUGGCUGUACCAGACCUUUUCACAAUUAAAAAUACUUGCAGUAAACAUGUCUAGUCAUUGGAUGCAUGAUAAACAACAGAUGGAAAUAUAUGUAUUAUGAUGUUUGUAUGCUUGUGAUGACAACGAAUAGUUUCAAUAUCACCAAUAUUCUACUUGGAAUCACACAGGAAAACAAACCAACAUGAAUGGGGCAGGAGUUGUUACCCCUCCUCCAAAGCCCGCUCCCAAGCCUCUUGCUAAGCCCAAACUGCCAAGACGAUCAACAAGCGAUGCUAUACUUGUCCCAACAGUCAAACCAACCACAAGUCCUAAACCACCACCACCAGUCGCCCAAAAGCCCAAACCUAGCCAGCCUCCAGUCACUUCCCCCAAACCUUCUGCUGCGAUAUCAACAAGGCCCAAUCCGAGAACUUCUCCUGGAACAACUCCUGUGGUGACCAAUGGUGGAAUUCCGCCUCCUGUAGCAUCUAAGCCCAAACCAAAGCCUCUCGUCAAGAGCAAAACUUGGAUUGCCUCACCACAACAGUCUUUGGACCUUGAAGAAAGUUCCAAAACAAGUGAGGCGAUAUCCGAGAGAAACAGUACUACUAAUACUUCUGGGGACCCUGUCAGUGAAGCUGCUGUCAGUAAAGCUGCCUCAGGGAUUCCACCAAAAGAUGAGACUGAGAAAGCAGAAUCAGACAAUGUACCGGAGAAAAAUAUAGACAAUAUAUCUAUUCCUGUUGAAGAAAGGAAAGACAUUCCAGCUGGUGCUGACCAAAGUAUUCAAUUCACUAGUGAGGUAUUAAGAAACUCAAAUGCUGCUAGCUUACAAAGCCAUGUUACAGAGGAACCACAGCAUUGUGAGAAUUCACAGAGUAAUUCUAUAGACAGUACUGCUGCAGACCCUUCCAAUUUACCCAUUAAUGUCUCUGAUAUUUUCGAAGACUCUUCACAAUUUCCAUCGCCUCAUUACAAUGAUGGUAUCAAAAAUGACAGUUCUUCUGCAGAUAGUAGCUUAGAGACUGCUGAUAUUCCUAAAGCCCAACCCAGUGAAUCAUCAGGAGUUGCUGACAGAGAGUUGGGAGCUGUGCAAGACAGCACUUGUAAUGCGAAUGCCUCAUCCGAAAUCACUGCCAACUCUGUUCCUACGUCCGACGUAGAACAGGAAAGUAGUUCAACAGAUCCUGCAUCUCGGCAUGAUGAUGAUGAUGAUGAUGCAUUUGUGGAAAGUGGAGCUUCCUCAGGGAAGGAUGAACCUAUAAAAUUGCCAAAGCCUCCUGUUCCUGCCCCUAGAAAAUCUCUGUCAAGUGUAAAUUCUGAAGCAUCAUCUAUAGACUCGUAUGAUUUAUUAAACACUGGCAGUUCCUUUAAGAGCCACAGAUCUUCCAACUCUGUCCGCAGCCAGGGAAGUAGCCGUCUUGGUUCAGACAGUGAGGACGAAUGCGGUGUCUUUGAGAUCCAGCCGGACAUCCCGGAGGAAGACGAAGAAGCAGAAGAAGCAAGGCUUCAUAAACAUAGCACUGGACCUGAUGAUGAAGAUCAUUUGAAAGAACAGAACAACCGCUUCAGUGUUUUUGCAGAUCUGCAAGAACGGGAAGGACACAUUGCAGAGAACAAUGAAGACAUUGUCCUUGUGUCACUGAAAGCUGGUGUCCAAGACAAAAGUGAGAUUGAGAAUGAAAUUGAAGCAAAGCACAGUGACCAGAUUGUUUCUGACAAUGGGAAUAACAUUUCUCAAGAAUGUAAUGAGGAACAGUCUGCAUCAAAUUCUGUUGUUGUAGUAGGUCAGGUUGAAGACCCUGUAGCCAGUGAAAAGGACAAAGACACCACAGAAAAUACUGAGGAUCCAUUGAAAGUGCAGGUAGAUGUUGAUGUGACUAAGGUAGAUGAACAUGUUGGAUUAACUGCUCAGGAUAUACCUGUUUCCUACCCUGAAGAAUUAGAAGUCAGGGAGCCAGAAGGUAUUUCUGAAAUUGAGGAAGUGAAAACGCAAGAAAAUCAGACACAUCAAAAAAGAGAAGAAGUCGAAGGGUCACUUGGACGAGAAUUGUCUUCUGGAGGAGAAAAUAGUGAGGAAGAAUUUGAUGAGAUGGGUAAGCGGGUAUUUUCACUAUCAAGGAAGAAGAAGCCUGGAGUGCUGAAGUAUUCCUCAGGAGAAUUCCAUGAGCAGUAUGAAGGCGCCGGACAGGAGAAGAGUGUUCCUGAAAAUUCUAAAAGCAAAGACCACAAGAAAAAACCUAAAAAGGAUCAAAAGAAGGGUAAGAAAGAAGUGACUGAAGAAAAUAAUGUGAUUGAAGAUGUUCAUGAUGAAUCGGCUGCAGCUUGUAAAGAGGAGCUAGGUGCCAGUUCUGAUGAAGACAGACCAUCCAAGCCCCCAAGGAUGCGUCCUGGGGCGACGCCUGAAGAACUUGAAGUUGGGAGAGCAUCUACUACUUCAGAUGUCUCCACUGGCCCUUUAGAAGGUGAAGAUACAGUAAGACCUAUGCCCUCUCCAAGAGUUUCUUUGCCUGUACCAUCUCGACCAAAGAUCAGUCUAAGUCAUCGGGUCGGGAGUCUAUCCUCGCAAAGUGACGACGAUCAGAACACUUCCAUCAUCAAUGAUGAUGAAGAGGCUGCCAUUGAUGCAACCAGUGACUCAUUCAGAGAGGAUCAUACGGUCAAUGGUGUAGGAGCAGGAGCUAUUGUGACUCGUGUUGAUUCUGAUGGAGAAGAAGAAGUGUUCAUAGGUGGUAUGCCAUCAACCUCCAUGUGUACACAAACAGCUUUUGCAGAUCAGGCCUCCCUAACCUCCUCAGCAGACGGUUCUCAAGAGGUGAGGACCUUGCAACAAGGGAACAAUGACCAACAAUUCCGUCACUUUGCUACCAUCGAGCCAGUGGGAGAUGCAGCACAAAAGAAAGAAAGUCCCUCAGCAGAUGUCCUUGCUGACAGUUCAACCCUUAUGUCAGGACCCACAGACACCCUCACCACACUUAGUGAAAAUCAGUCUAUCACCAUUAGUAUCACCGAGUCAGAACCUCUAAGUGACAGUACAGAGUUCCUGUCACAGCCUUCAGAACACGCUCUCAACAAGCCCUGGUCUGAAGUGGCCGCAGUGACCGUUGCCGUCACAACAAUGCCAGAACCUCUGGUUCCAGAAUUCACCCGUGUAGAGGGGGAUUCCUCGACAACAAGCAGCUCUUCAUCCUUGGUCCCAUGCCAACCCAGCGCCCAAGAAAACACAAGCCUCGAUUCAAGUCAGGAUGACUGUGAGGAGGAUGAUGAAGAUGAUGAUGAUGACGACACUAGGAAUAUGUAUGACAAGAUCGACAUUUAUGAUGAGAGCUACAAAAAGAAAGACUGGAAAUAUAGAGAGACUGAGAAGGAGAUCAGAAUGAUCACACAACCUGAUCCAGAAAAUGAUGAUGAGGCAGCUGAAGCUAAGGACACUGUCAGCCAUCUUUCGCAGUCAUCCUUGGCUACUACAGCCUCGGAGCAAGAGUACAAGUCCAGCUUUGGUGAGCGCCCUCAUCGGAUCCAGAGAAGGAAGGGUUCUGAAGACUUUGUCCGGUUGUCAAGAAUAAGUCGAGAACGGACAAUACAACUUCACCGACAGGAUGGAACCUAUGGCUUGAGGAUACAGAAGAGCAAACCAGUGGUUAUAACGAACUUAGACCCAGGUGGUCCAGCGGAGAAAGCCGGGUUGAAGAUCGGAGACAUGGUCCUGAAAAUCAACGGUCAAGAUGUGAGACAAGUACGCCAUUCAGAAGUGGUCAAGCUAGCCACUGAAGCUCCUGAGCCCUUGGUGCUUGUUGUCGGGACUAUGGUAUGCCACAGUCUCAACCUCCGCAGUGAUCAGACGAUCAUGAGUGGAUACAUGCACAAGCUAGCAAGCACCGGUAUGAUCAAACAAUGGAGGAAACGAUGGUUCGUUCUGAAACAUGACCACUGCCUGUACUACUACAAGACUGAAGAUGAUAUCCUACCCCAGGGAGCGAUAGUACUACAGAACUACACAGUAACAAAGGCGAGGGACGCUGGCAAGCAGUUCUCUUUCAAAUUAACCAAAGAGGGCGCCAGGACAUAUGUCUUCUACACCUCCAAUGAGGAAGAAAGGAGCAGUUGGGGCAAAGCGAUCAACGAUGCAGCCAACCCGAACCACAAGACAGACGUCUGGCUCGAUAUCAGUACCCACAACGUUAGUAUACCGGCCCUGUCCAUAAAGGACCCAGAGUGCACUGGGUAUCUUACCAAGUGGAACGGCAAGAUGAAGAAUCCUCGGAGACGCUACUGCGUCCUCAAAGAUGCCUGUCUCUAUUACUUCAAGGAGAUGAACGCGUUGGAAGCACAAGGUGUGGUCCAUCUCCAUGGUUACAGCCUUCAAGAGACAGAGCUGAAGGGUAAGAAGUUUGCCUUCAUCCUCAAACCACCCGACGAGGAGCUUCGAGAAUUCUACUUCUUUGCUGAUCAUGACACGGAUCGGAAAAGAUGGGUAGCUGCCCUUGCGUCCUCCAUCGGACGUUGGAUUUCCACCAAUAAUCCUGAAGACGGGGAUGAUGAUGGAACGGAGAUGUAUAUAUGAGACCAGAGAGUCGUCAGCGUUCAGCUUCAUUACAACAUCCUCAAUGAGGAUUUGUAAAUGAAAUCACAUUCUUGAGCAAUUUGGGGACCGGACAUGUAUACACAAAAUGUUGCAUAACUGGAGAACCACAGAUGUUGCCAAUUUGGCUUUAUAAGCUGCGGAGACUUGUAAGAAAAAAAGGUUAUGAAACAACAUGGCAUCAGCUUUUUGUGUUGUGACCAUAUUCAGUAGGGGGACACUAAAUUUCAGUGAGUAUCGAUAACAAAAAUUGGGUCACAGAACAGGAUUUUUUGUUAUAAUUGUUUCUUGCCUUGAAAAUGACUAUCAUAAGGAUGCAGAAUUUUAGCCACAAAUGUAUUCAUAAAUCAGAUCAUUGCACUUUGGUACAGUGAAUGAUUUUUGCUAACAAAGUGCCAUCAUGAUUAAUAAUCAUCAGGUUUACUUGUAUGUUAGUAUCAUUUAUCAUUCUUGCAUUCAUAACUUACUUUUAGAAGGUCAAAG